AUGAUUUCAAAACCGUUGCCUGUGAAACUGAACACAAAGAAAUUAGGAAUUUCAACAACUACGCAGCUUCGUCUUACAAGAGAGAAAUUUGGUACGGUGAUGGUGGCUAAAGGACAUAGUGAGCUAGCUGGAUGGAGUGAGACCAAUGUACUCAAAUCUGGAGUUACAUUAAAAGACUUUAAAAUCAUAGACCUUCAAAAAACUAGAACUCACUUUGGUAUCCCAGAGAAAAAAAGAACAGAUAUUGAAAAAAUGCUCCAUUAUCUUCUCGAUGAUGCCAAGAAUAUUGAAAUGGUCUUACUUUUUGUACUUAUCUGGCCGUUGAUCGUUUCUACAGUAAAUGGUGGAUGGUUUGACGGAUUUUUCCGAAAACGCGAAAUCGAGCAAGAAGUUUCAAAUGCAUUAGAAGACAACAGGAAUGCAAGAUUUAUGGCGACAUGCGGACAAACGAUAAGAGAGAACGGCACUUACUUCGUGAAUAAUGAAUAUCCCAAUCAGUACGAUGGCACUGGAUUCUGUCAACUUACUUUGAUUAAAUCCAGUCCGGAUGUCUGUCAAUUCAGGCUUAACUUCGAAGAACUAAACCUAAUGCAACCUGAAUCUGUCAAUCAUAUAUGUGAUAACGACCAGUUCCUGGUUUCCGGUGGAAAUCCUGUCCCUGUGAUUUGUGGCAAUAGUAUGGGUAACCAUAUGUACGUAAGUACCCCUCCUGGAAUAAUCUCACCUCUAACCCUUUCUGUAGUUACAAGCGGACCAUCUUAUCAAAGGAAUUGGAAAAUUAGGGUUCUACAAAUUCCGUGCAGCGCACCUUACAAAGCUGGAGAGGGAUGUUUACAGUACUUCACAGGAGUCGCAGGUCAAAUUCUGUCCUACAACUAUGAUCCGGAAACUGGAGCGCAACUCUCGAAUCAGGACUACAGCAUUUGCAUUAGACCCGAGUGGAAUUUUUGUGGGAUUCAGUAUACGCAGUGUCCUAAUGCCGAUCCAGCCAGUCCUAGAAACUUGUCGUUUACUCUAUCUGGGAACUCAAAUAAUAGAGUACCAUCAAUGGUGGGUAGUACAGGCACAUCAAACUUCUGCCAAUCUGACUAUUUAAUUAUUCCCGUGGCUUCGAAUGUUGGUAGAGCAACUGCGAAUCCUACAGCUACCGUUGAUCGAAUAUGUGGAGGAGUAUUAGCGGCUGAUAUUAGCUCCACGCCAACUACAGUUAGAAGUACAGUCAAACCCUUUCAACUCUAUUUUCACGCAGACGGCAUGGAAGCCCCAAACGAUGUAGACAAUAAAGGCUUCUGCCUCAACUACAUCCAAGUUCCUUGUGCAAGCGCGUUUACCUAA